UCAUUUCUCUUUUCUCUCUCUUCCUCAGAUCCAUACAUUACUUGCAGAUCUCAUUUGCAGCUCCACCGACAUCUAUUCUGUUGUAUUUCCAGUUUCACUUUACUUCUUUUACAAUUUCAAGCUUGUUUCCCUCUUUAUUGGAUCUUUUACUAAAUUUUGUGUUAGUAUUUUGUGAAAAGAUUGAAAAUUUGAAGUGGGUUCUUAAAAAGAUUGAAGAGGGUUUCUUUUAUGUUUUGUUUUGAUGGUUGAUGAACAUAGAAGGAGUUUGAAGAAGAGAGUGAGGAGGAAAGUUUGAAAGUAAAUGAGGCUAAUUUUGCAUUAGAAGAGGAAAAGAUUUGAAGUGGGAACCCAUUUGUUUUUUUUUUUCUUUCUUUUCUUUUUUGUUACUGUUGAAAUAAAGCAAAGCGAUUUUUUUUUGUUUUCUUUUUUUGAUCCAACAAGAACAAGAACAAGAACAAGAAAGGGUCUUGUGGGUUUUGUAAAAAGAUGCAGCGAGAUCACCAAAAGAAGGACUUGAAAGAAAUUGACUUUUUCACUGAGUAUGGGGAUGCCAAUAGAUACAAAAUUCUGGAAGUCAUAGGAAAGGGGAGCUACGGAGUUGUUUGUGCAGCAAUUGACACCCACACUGGAGAAAAAGUGGCAAUAAAAAAGAUACAUGAUGUUUUUGAGCACAUUUCUGAUGCUAUUCGGAUAUUGAGAGAAGUCAAGUUGCUUAGGCUUUUGCGACAUCCUGAUAUUGUUGAGAUUAAGCGCAUAAUGUUGCCACCGUCAAAGAGGGAGUUCAAAGAUAUUUUUGUCGUUUUUGAGCUGAUGGAGUCUGAUCUUCAUCAAGUUAUCAAAGCUAAUGAUGAUUUGACCCGCGAACACCAUCAGUUUUUCCUUUAUCAGAUGUUACGGGCACUGAAAUACAUGCAUACAGCAAAUGUUUACCAUAGAGAUCUUAAACCCAAGAAUAUACUAGCAAAUGCAAAUUGCAAGCUUAAAGUUUGUGACUUCGGAUUAGCUAGAGUAGCAUUCAGUGAUACACCAACCACAGUUUUUUGGACGGAUUAUGUUGCAACAAGAUGGUAUAGGGCACCAGAGCUAUGUGGAUCAUUUUUCUCAAAGUAUACACCAGCAAUUGAUGUUUGGAGUAUUGGCUGCAUAUUUGCUGAGGUCUUAUCGGGGAAGCCACUGUUUCCUGGUAAAAGUGUUGUUCAUCAGUUAGAUUUGAUCACUGAUCUUCUGGGGACUCCUUCACCAGAAACUGUAUCUGGAGUUCGAAAUGACAAGGCAAGGAAAUACUUGACGGAGAUGAGGAAAAAGCAUCCUGUGUCAUUUACUCAGAAAUUUCCAAAUGCAGAUCCUUUAGCACUCCGCCUGUUGCAAAGAUUAUUAGCAUUUGAUCCAAAAGAUCGACCAACUGCUGAAGAGGCAUUGGCUGAUCCUUACUUCAAGGGCUUGGCCAAAAUUGAGAGAGAACCUUCUUGUCAACCAAUUUCAAAGCUGGAGUUUGAGUUUGAAAGGCGAAGGGUGACAAAGGAGGAUGUCAGAGAACUGUUAUAUCGGGAAAUACUGGAGUACCAUCCACAGCUGCUGAAGGACUACUUGAAUGGAAAUGAAGGCACUAACUUUCUCUAUCCUAGUGCUAUAGGUCAUUUUAGAAAGCAGUUCGCUUAUCUUGAGGAAAAUGGUGGUCGAAGUGGACCAGUGAUUCCUCUUGAAAGGAAGCAUGUUUCCCUUCCACGGUCUACUGUACACUCAAGUACAAUCCCUCCUAAUGUGCAGCCGACUUCAACUGCAUUUGAUAACCGACAAGUUGCUGAAGAGGCUGCUAAAAAUUAUAGAGCAACAGAUUCAAUUUCUGGAAAUGCAUCAAAAGUUUCUCGGCCACCACCACGGGUACCGGCAGCAAAACCAGGGAGAGUAGUUGGAUCAGUUGUACCAUGUGAGAAUGGAAGAAACGUCAAAGAUGCCUGUGAUUCAAGGAUAUUUUAUAGGAACGCCGUCCUCCCUCCACAGACGGUCUCUCCUCAUUGUUUCUUCAGGACCAACACAAUGAUACAAGAGAAGUCCAUGAUGGCGUCUGAGAAGGAUACUUCACAAGUGAAACGACAGCCUCUGCAGUCUAACAUAGCAGCAAAACCUACCCCUGUCAUGGCCAUUGACAUGAAUGCCAACCCAUACUAUCAGCCACAAGCAAAGGUUGAACAAUUAAACGAGCGAAUUGCCAUGGAUGCAAAACUGCUUCAAGCACAAUCCCAGUUUGGUGCAGUUGGUGCUGCUGCUGUAGCUGUGGCAGCUCAUAGGAAUGUGGGAACUGUUCAGUAUGGAUUGUCUUAAGCUGGCCGGCUUCAUUUGUGAAUCCUGCAACCAUUCUAAGCCAGAAUUCCGAGGGAAAAAUGGUGGGUCUCUCCGGCCGGAGGUGGUUUUAACAGGCAUAGUAUAGUCCAGUCCUCACUGUGUAUUUAUUUACAUCCCUCUGUAAUUAGAAUCCUACGCCAUUUAUUUUGUUAAUGAAAAUAAGUUCUCUUAGAUUUGGAAGGAAUUAAUUCUCCUGGUUUGUGCACAUAUGAUGUAAAAUUCUCUUGUACGGGGGUAACAUGGAAGAAAUAGAAUUGGUAUUCAAAAUUUAUUUUGAGGAAA